AUUGAAGGCAACUUCAAAAUCGAAUCCAAGUAAUAGAUGCAUGCCCUUGACACUUAUAGCGGAGCGUGCAGCACGAAGGCAAUUACUUGUAAUGUAGUUCACAUUUCACACUUCGACGCAGUUAGAAAUCACUUUCCCACAGAUAGGUACACCCGAACUGUUUAGAACGAACUCUGCGUUGCUUCACCAUAAAUAAUCCAUGUUCCCAGUUUCGCGAUAAAUAACGUCACCAUUUACUUUUUAAAUCAGGUCCUUGCACAUAUAAUAGACGUGGUACCUAGUUUGCUCGAACAUUUCAACACAUUUUGAAACUCAACUAAAAGAAAACUAAGGAGACCAGUCAAAGUUUGGACCCACGCAUACAAUUGAAUAAUUUCUUGCGAAAUGAUACGAAAGAGUGCUCUGGGUACAUCACAGGAAGAGUGUUUUGAACGGGUGUUGUAUCCGCGAAACAAGUUAUCGCCUGGUACGAAACCUUGCGUCGUUGGAGGAAACCCGAUAACUGAGGAGCUGGCAGUUGAACUUCGCGUAACUACUUUUGGCACGGCAUCGUGCCCACCGCGAGUAGAAUGGGUCAGGUCGCCCAUUAUAAUGAGAGCACCCGACCAGCCUUUAGCGUACGGCCUGGCAGCUCCUCGCAAUGGUACCAGGUCACUGCUUGCUGGCCUCCAAGCUCAUGUUAUCAAGUGGCUCCUGUUUGAUUCUCGACCUUUGACUAAGGAUAACAAGUCUGCCGACCCUCCAGAAACUUACUUACGGCCUUCUGAGGAGCGUCAGGAAGAAGCUCUAUGGCGUGCGUGCAGCGAAGUAAUAUGGCGCUGCGCGGGCGGCAUGACCCCUCAGCAGGCGGGUCAGCCAAAGGCAGUGGUGGCACUGCCAUCAGAUAUUACGUACGUGCAACACAGCUCGACCUACUAUCAAGAUGGAGUUACCGAAAAGCUGCACUUAUUUGAAUUCACGAAUUUGGAGGAUGUCCAGAUUUUUAUGAAGAGGUAUUUAUACUUGUUUAAAAUUGAAGAAGGAUGCGGCGCUUUGUUGUUGCUGUAUGCUGCAGUGCUGUCAAGAGGAUGUGAAAACGUUAAGAAAGACUUGGAUGGCAAACUGACGUACCUGGUGUCAUCGCACGUAGAAGGGUCGCUAAACGUUGUAACGCUGCUGCUAACCGGGCGAUCCACUCCAUAUCUUCACAACGGAGUCGUGUAUAUUGGUGACGAGGACCAUUAUGCUAUGCCGCAGUUCGGAGUAUUGUCACGUAGCCCAGUCGGUCUUCUAGUGUUUUAUGGAAAUGAAGACAAUGCUAAAAAUAACGCUAACCAGCAGUAUCCAGGAUCUAGGCUUAAGACACCAGCUAUGCCUAUUUGGGUUACAAGUUGUUCUGGACAUUAUGGCGUGAUGUUUAAUACAAAUCGUGAAUUAUUAAGAAAUUAUCAUGCAGAAAGGAGAUUUGAUGUCCAUUAUUACACUUCCGGCGGCUGCCAUGUACUGUUGAGUGUCGAUACGCGCGCUCAUGAUGACAUUGCAGGUCCAAUGCGGAAUGAUGACAUUAGCGCCACGCCUCUCGAAAAACUCAUUUAUACAAAGUGGCAAGACGCGAAAAUAAGCUGGACAGGUCCAGGCCCUCACGUCAGCGAUUCUCCAAUCUGAACAACAAGUGAAGAACCAACUUAUGCAAAAUCGUAGAAUUAGCCAUUGGAAAGUAGUUUACUAAAAUAGUUGUUCAAAUGUCAUGAGCGCCUGACU